AUGUCUUCAGGAUGGUUAGAGGACGGAAUUGCAGGCGGCCAUAUUAAAUCAAUUCCCUAUGAUGAAUUUUCUAAACAUGAAGUUAUUGCAAGAGGUGCAUUUGGUGAAGUGACUAAAGUUUACUGGGGUCAAG